AUGGUCGCUACACGUUCUUCGAAGCGAAAGCGUACCAGCCAGAACGAAGCUAACGAAGAUAAAGAAGAACAAAAUAAUACGAACACAACUGAUAAUACAUCAGACGACCUCGUGAAGAAGAAGAAGAAGAAUACGAACAAGAAUUCACCGGUUGUGAUCUUCGCUCAUGGGGCCGGUGCUCCUUCGUCUUCUGAUUGGAUGAUUAGAUGGAAGGACCUAUUGGCCAAGGCAUUGCAAGCUGUUGAAGUAGUAACUUUUGACUACCCAUACAUUUCUGGUGAAAAACGGAAAGCUCCUCCAAAGGCAGAAAAAUUGGUUGACUUUCACUCAGACAUUGUUAAAAAGACUGUUGCUAAGUACCCUGGCCAUCCCUUGAUUUUGGUUGGCAAAUCCAUGGGUUCAAGGGUCAGCUGCAUGGUAGCUGGUGUGGAAGACAUUGGUGCUUCAGCUAUAGUUUGUUUGGGCUACCCGCUAAAGGUCUGUCAUUAUCUAUGGAUCUCAAUUUAUGUUUUGAUUCUUCUGGUUUUCUUCAAUCAUUGGCUUCACACUUCAGAGCAUAUAAAAUGUUUUAGACUAGUAGUAGUUGCUUUCCCAUUGGUGGACCUUGGUGUUGGACUUGGAAGUUAA